ACAGCGCCCAGCCCAAGCAGCUGGGGUCCUGCUUGAUAUACCCCAGGUUCGAAGACAUGCUACACACGUGUUGAUUUUAACAGACACGAGGCGUUAUCUUAUCUACGAAUAUAUAUUCGCAUCAACUGUUGUUCGAUCGAGUGCUAUCGUUCCCUUCUCGAACCCUCUAUCGCUCUUCCCAUUCACCCUCCACCAUGGCAUCCCUCUCAGCCCGCAUCGUCGUACAUGCUGCGAACCGUGAACUCGAGAUCCCAACUGGGCUUUUCAUCAACAACGAGUUUGUUCCCUCCGCGGACUCCCCCAAUGAACUCAUCUACGCAGUCAACCCUGCAACAGAGGAGACUUUAUGCUCCGUGGUAGCUGGGUCGGCAAAGGACAUAGACAUAGCCGUCGCGGCUGCUCGCAAAGCUUUCAAUACCACAUGGGGAAAAAAUGUGACUGGUUUUGAGAGAUCUAAGCUCUUGAAUAAGCUAGCAGAUCUUAUAGAGAGGGAUCAAGAUAUUCUUGCAGAGGUUGAAUCUUUGAACAAUGGCAAGCCAUUUAAAAUCGCGAGGGACUUUGAUAUCGGGGAUAGUAUCCAGUGCUUGCGGUACUAUGCAGGGUGGGCUGAUAAAAUCACCGGACAAACCAUCGAAGUCGACAACAAGGCCAAGCUUGCUUUCACUAGGCACGAUCCUAUUGGGGUCUGCGCACAAAUUAUUCCAUGGAAUUACCCAAUCAACAUGUGGGCAUGGAAAGUUGCCCCUGCCCUUGCAUGCGGGUGCACUAUCGUUAUGAAACCUUCCGAACUCACCCCUUUGACGGCGCUUAUGCUGUCGAAGCUCAUCGUUGAGGCUGGUUUUCCGCCAGGCGUGGUGAACACGAUUCCUUCCCUGGGAUCUAUUGGCGGUGCGGCCUUAUCUGCACAUAUGGAUGUCGAUAAGGUUGCGUUCACCGGAUCUACGAUAACUGGCCGUAAAGUCAUGGAAGCCGCGGCCAAAAGUAAUCUGAAGAAGGUGUCUCUGGAGUUGGGUGGCAAGUCUCCACAGUUAGUCUUCGAGUCCGCGGAUCUGGAGCAAGCCGCAAACUGGGCUUGCCUCGGGGUUUUAUAUAAUACCGGCCAGGAUUGCACGGCAGGAUCCCGUUUGUAUGUUCAGGACACGAUUUACGAUAAGUUUCUCUCCCUCCUGGUUGCCAAAGCCCAGGAACUCGUGAUCGGUGAUGGCUUCGACGAGAAGAGUGGCGCUGGGCCGGUGGUGUCGAAAACUCAAUUCGACAAGGUUUGGGGAUAUAUUGAGCGCGGUCAAGCCCAAGGCGCAAAGCUGGCUCUCGGUGGCAAAAAGCGUCCGGGAAAGGGUUUCUUUGUCGACCCUACAAUUUUCACGGACAUUAACGCGAAGAUGGAUAUUGUCCGAGAUGAGAUCUUUGGACCGGUUCUGGCGGUGGGCCGAUUCAAAACUGAAGAGGAAGCCAUUUCUCUGGCCAAUGAUACAUCUUACGGCCUCGGUGCUGGUUUGCACUCCACUGAUGCAAAUCAAUGCAUGCGCGUCUCGUCUGCUCUUGAAGCUGGAACGGUCUGGGUCAACCAGUACAAUGUACUGAACAACAAUGUCCCCUUUGGAGGGAAAAAGCAGAGUGGCAUUGGUCGUGAACUUGGAAGCUAUGCCCUUGAUGAGUAUACUUCGAUCAAGGCUGUUCACUGGAACUUCGGAGAGAAGCUCGAUUGGCCGCUGUAGUGACAGGGUUGACAUGGUCGAACUUAAGGAGCAUCAAUGAUUGUAUUUUUACCUGUAAUUGUGGCUGUGCGCCAUUCAAACAAUGCCCGAGUGAUGUUGACACACAGAGUCUCCGCAACUUUGCCACA